AUGGCGCCAUCCCCUUAUCAGGGAUCUAGGAGUAUAUCUGGUAACGAGGCAAUCACAUUCUGCCCUUCAGGCUUAGUGGCCUACGGACUAAACACGCUGGGACUGUAUAGAUUUACGUGGAUCGAACAUUACAAAGUGGUCCUCCUCGGAGGCAAUUUCCAAUGUUAUGGAGAGCUCGGUGCAGAAGCCAUAGGGGCCUGCUGCUAUGAUAAUGUUCACCAUGUGCUCCAUGUCCAUGACAUCCAACACCUUCCUACAUAUACCCGGGACCUGGACGUUUACCAAAGUGAACAGCACCCUAAUGGUGUCUGCAACCUGGGUCUCAAAUACUACAUCACCAAAGCAGAGGUCUACGGCGGAUAUGUGAACCUCUUGAUUAACCUCAAUGUCGACUGUGGCACUUACAACGAGUCUGAUGAGCACUGGGUGACCGUCAUUUUUGAUGAGAAUUGGAACUACGGCGCGAAGUUUACUUUCGUCAUUAGCUUUGUCGGGCCGACCAUCUAUUUGGACCUGAGUACGAAAGUCAACAGAGAUUUAAGCAUCUCUCUCCACGGCCAUGUUACGGCGACUGGUGUUAUCUCUAGCCUGGACGAGCUCUAUGACUCUAGCCUGGACAAGGCGGAACUGCGCCAAAUUCUCGAUGGAGUGGAUAUCUGUCCUCCCCAUUAA